CCUCUCACGUCGGGCCUCCGGGGGGUCUCCGCGGCUCAGCUCGUCUUCUCUGCCGUAGGACCUGCUAGAAGUGGCUGAAGAUGAAUCCCCAGCAGCAGCGCAUGGCCGCGAUAGGGACCGACAAGGAGCUGAGCGACCUGCUGGACUUCAGUGCGAUGUUUUCUCCACCUGUUAAUAGUGGGAAAACAAGACCAACGACAUUGGGGAGCAGUCAGUUCAGCGGGUCAGGUAUGGAUGAACGUGGAGGAACAACAUCUUGGGGAACUAGUGGUCAACCAAGCCCUUCCUAUGAUUCAUCUAGAGCUUUUGCAGACAGCCCUCAUUACAGUGAUCACUUGAAUGACAGUCGAUUAGGAGCUCAUGAAGGCUUGUCCCCAACACCUUUCAUGAACUCAAACCUGAUCGGAAAAACAUCAGAAAGAGGCUCAUUUUCCCUGUACAGCAGAGACUCUGGAUUAUCAGGCUGUCAGUCUAGUCUCCUGAGACAAGAUCUAGGACUUGGGAGCCCAGCACAGCUGUCUUCUUCAGGAAAACCUGGAACACCAUACUACUCGUUCUCAGCCACAAGUUCUAGGAGAAGACCGCUCCAUGACUCUGUAGCUCUAGAUCCUUUGCAAGCAAAGAAAGUAAGAAAGGUGCCUCCUGGCCUACCUUCUUCGGUAUAUGCACCAUCCCCAAAUUCUGACGAUUUCAACCGCGAAUCUCCUAGUUACCCAUCUCCCAAGCCACCAACCAGUAUGUUUGCUAGCACUUUCUUUAUGCAAGAUGGGACCCACAGUUCUUCUGACCUUUGGAGUUCAUCAAACGGGAUGAGCCAGCCUGGUUUUAGUGGAAUUCUGGGGACCUCAACUUCCCACAUGUCUCAGUCCAGUAGUUAUGGCAGCCUUCAUUCACAUGACCGCUUGAAUUAUCCUCCACACUCAGUGUCACCUACAGACAUAAACACAAGUCUUCCGCCAAUGUCCAGCUUCCACCGUGGCAGUACCAGCAGUUCACCGUAUGUUGCCGCCUCCCAUACUCCUCCCAUCAAUGGAUCAGAUAGCAUUCUAGGAGCCAGAGGGAAUGCUGCUGGAAGCUCACAGACGGGUGAUGCGCUUGGAAAGGCUUUGGCGUCUAUUUAUUCUCCUGACCAUACAAGCAGUAGUUUUCCAUCAAACCCAUCAACACCAGUGGGAUCUCCUUCACCUCUCACAGGUACCAGUCAGUGGCCCAGAGCUGGAGGGCAAGCUCCUUCAUCCCCAAGCUAUGAAAACUCACUUCACUCCUUGAAAAAUCGAGUUGAGCAGCAACUUCACGAGCAUUUGCAAGAUGCAAUGUCCUUCUUAAAGGAUGUCUGUGAGCAGUCUCGAAUGGAGGACCGUUUAGACAGACUGGAUGAUGCUAUCCAUGUGCUUCGGAACCAUGCAGUUGGACCUUCUACCAGCCUGCCUUCUAGCCACAGUGAUAUACACAGUUUAUUGGGACCAUCCCAUAAUGCACCAAUUGGAAACCUCAAUUCAAACUAUGGAGGAUCAAGCCUUGUUACAAACAGUCGAUCAGCUUCGAUGGUUGGAACUCAUCGGGAAGAUUCAGUCAAUCUCAAUGGCAAUCAUUCAGUCCUGUCUAGUACUGUUGCUGCCUCAAACACAGACCUGAACCAUAAAACACCAGAAAAUUACAGAGGUGGCUUGCAAAAUCAGUCUGGAAAUGUUGUUCCAACAGAGAUCAAGACUGAAAACAAAGAAAAAGAUGAGAACCUUCAUGAGCCUCCUUCAUCAGAUGACAUGAAAUCAGAUGAUGAAUCUUCCCAAAAAGACAUCAAGGUCUCGUCUAGAGGCAGAACAAGCAGUACCAAUGAAGAUGAGGAUCUGAAUCCAGAACAGAAAAUUGAAAGGGAAAAGGAAAGGCGGAUGGCUAACAAUGCCAGAGAGCGCCUGCGCGUGCGGGAUAUUAAUGAGGCAUUCAAGGAGCUUGGCCGAAUGUGUCAGCUUCAUUUGAAGAGUGAGAAACCUCAGACAAAACUCCUCAUUCUUCAUCAGGCUGUGGCAGUCAUCCUUAGUCUAGAACAGCAAGUCAGAGAGAGGAACCUCAACCCCAAAGCAGCCUGCCUUAAGAGAAGAGAAGAAGAAAAGGUCUCUGCUGCUUCAGCAGAGCCACCAACCACGCUGCCAGGAACCCAUCCUGGGCUUAGUGAAACUACCAACCCUAUGGGUCAUCUGUAAACGUCAGCCAGUUCCAGCAUCAACAGUAGGCUAGAUAGAAGGUGACCUCUCCUCAUAAAGACUUGGACAACUCAGAUUAUCUGAAGACACAAACCUGACAGGAAGGAGAAGAAAAACAAAACACUUGAAGCAAGAAACUCAAAUGUAAUCCUAUGAUCAAAGCAACUGGUCAACACUUCCAUCAGAAGUGAGGAUAGGAAGCUCAUGAGAGAACGCCGGCCCAUGAGGUGUUUACAGCAUAUCAUUCUGCUGUAAGCAAUGUGUCGCUUCUGCACAAUCAGAGACUGUCUCAUCUCUCCACUCAAUGUGGAAGUUGCCUUGUGCCUAAACUGAAUUGACAAAUGCAUUGUAACUACAAAUUUUAUUUAUUGUUAUGGAACUGUGAGGUCUACAUAUAAAGGGAAAAGUUCAUGUGGGAAGCUGAUCUACACUCAGCUGAUGCCAGCAUUGUUAAAGCUGUUCACAAAGCAGUGGCAACCAUUGGCCCUUAGCAUUCCCGGCAUACCUGUUAGUGUCUUAAAAAGGAAGGGAGUCCUUUGUUGCCCUCUCCGACCUUCGCCAUAUAAAUAGUGUUUUCCAUGAAAUAGGAAAAUAUUACUUGGUAUAGCAUUUCUCUCUUGUUUUUUCAUUCAUUUUUAUUUUCUCUUUGUGGGUGUUAUAUUUGAUCUGAGUCGGCAUAGGUUAUGGUCACAAUCCAGAACCCUCCUUGCAGCCCUGUGUGCUUUGUUCAUGUCCUUGCAGUGGUAAGCAGACACCAUCUGUGACCAUAGCCUAGCUAAGAUUUUGAAAGGGGAAAUUUUGUCCCCUGGAUUUGCCCCCAAAUAAACAUUGCUUUAUUUCUAAUAAUCACUAAGACUUUUCAGGCUUCUAGGUUUCAUAGUAAAGCUAUAAUAGCAAGAAGUGUAACUUACAAGGGAGAGUCUACUUUUUAGAAAAUUGCUUUGUUUUCCAAGCAGUAAGUACUACACAAUAUAGUACUUGUAAAGUGUUAGCUGUAAGUAAGCACAAAAUGCAUUCAGUACAAUACAAAGAUGACUUUUCAGGCCAUGAUCAUGGUGAGUGUAACAAAACUCAUUAGUCACCAGGACAGGCAGUGUGAUGAAGGCACACAACCACUAUGAGGCUAAUUACCUAUGGAAUCCAAGAGCAAUGGUCACAUUUCCUUAUUCUAGCCUUUAUUUCUGUCCUUUGGGUGGCUGGUCAGUGGGGGUGUGGGGCAGGAGGGUGAUUUGAUCACCUGCAAACCACCUGCCCUCACCCCAAGAAGAGCCAGAUUAGCGCUGAGCUGUACUUGUCAGUCCAUUUUAGCAUUAUGCAUUAAAGCCCCUCUGUCUCCAAUCCUUCAUAGUUGUAUUUAAGACACGGUAAUCACUUUGAACUUCCAUGAAAUCUGUCUUCCACCACAGCAUCCCUGGGAGAGAAAAACAUGCUGAACACAAUGGUCUUGGCUAAGUAACUCCUUAGAGCCAGUAUCAGUCUCAGUCUGCACAUAGAAGAAAAAUCCCAAGUCGUUCUGGAACUUAUAGACUCCGGAGAAUUUGAAAGAACAAACUGUUAGGACAGCACUUCAGAUCCUCCAUAAGGACUAUUUCUAACAAGUCAGUCUUAGGUGAAUUUAGUGGACUUGAUUUGCAUACCUUAAUUUGCAUAUGUUCUCCAGUUACAUCAUACUCUAUCUGUGGCCUUGUUCUUCAUUUCAGUGUUAAUCAGCUAAAACAGAAGUUGUUGCUUAUGAUGUGUGAGUGAACAUAAGCCACUGCCUGGCCUUUUUUCUUCAGAGCUUGUUGUCUUUUUCGCUAUAUUAGACUUUGCAGUAUGCCCAGAAGCUUUCCUUCAUAAAAUAGAAAGAAAAAAACAUUUGGCUUAUUUUUCACUGUAGCUAGUCUUUUAUACAAUAAUCUUGUAAGAAAAUUUCUUGAAUUCUAAAUAUUACUCUUUCUAGAUUUUUGAAAUCAAAAAUUUUCAGUAAAAAGUUUCUUACUUUAUUUUAUUAUAUUAGGUAGUUAAAGAAAAUGUAGGGUUAUUUACCAUAACCUGUUCAUUAAUAUCAGAAAUUUACAAUAGCAUUUUAAGAGCAUAGUAGGUUCUAGCAUACCGUGUAGUUCCUAUGGAGUAUUGUGAGAGCGAAUUGUUGGAGAUGAGCUGCUUUUCAUCUUGUUCUCCAGUUUCCAUUGUUGGUUUAUUGCAGAUUUGUAUCCUGUGUCAAAUUUAAGGUAUUAUUGAUAAACCUUUUCAACCAGCAGCAAGAAGUUCAAAUUUUUUUUUCUGUCACUGUAACAGAAAACACAGUAUGUAUAUAACAUUUAUGUAGCAAUAAAUGUGCCAUCCUUUUUUUAACAUAGUAAACAGUGAGUUUUUUACACUCCUAUUUCCCACAGAAUAAUGUAUUUUGUUUUCUUUUCUCUACCUCCUUCCUCCCAGAAAGGCUCGAACUGCUUUUCCUGUCUGCACUAACUGUGCUUCACGGGUGACCCCACAGGACAGAUGGGGCUGGGAGAGCUAAGAUGACACACCCCAACCCGAACAGUUCUCCUCUUGCCCUCUCUGCUGAUGCUGGCCUCUUAAGCCUUUUCCUGAAGGUGGAACAAACAGAAGUCUGUAGUAAAGAAAAUGUCUUGCAGAUGUAGAGAAGAAUGAAGACAAUGGGAAAGGACUUCAGAUGAGGGUUUUUAAGUUGACAACUCUUAAGCACCUUCACAAUUUUUUCUGUCUCUGACCUCUCACCUACAACCAGAAAUAAACAAGCAAUCAAACCUGCCAAGAUA